GACUCUGGGGAGUAUAGUGGAUGUAUAUGGGAUGUGGGGUCUCUGGGGAGUACAGUAGGUGUUUGUAGGAGUAUAGGGUCUGGAGGGCAUGUACAGGUGAUAGGGUGUCUGGGAGCAUAAUGAGUGUGUAUAGGGUCUCUGGUGGGCUUGUGGGGUUUAUAGGGUUUCUGGGGGGCAUAGUGGGUGUAUGUAAGGGUAUACAGUCUUGCUGGGGACGCACAGAGACCAUACAGGGGAGAAUGUCUGUGUGUGGUAGAUUGGGGUGUUUGUAGAGGGGAGUGUCUAUAAGGUGCCACAAGGACUCCUCCUUGUUUUGUAAGUGUUAGUCCCUCGCCUUAGGAGUCGCGGAAGGGAGAAUCUCUCCCACCCCUGGACCAAGAGAGCGGCGGACCUGCGGGCAGCCGGAGCUCACAGAGCCCCCGUGCCCGGGGACCGGCGGAGCGGGAGCUGAGCUGCCUGGCUGCGGGGACCCCCGUGGGAUGAAGCCUGGUAGGGUGCCUGCUUCCCGGUGAGCGCUCCGACCCUGGGCCGGCGUCCAUGUAAUCCCGUGCCGUUUCCCUGGGCCCCAUGGCGCCGGUUCGGAGCUGGGGGGCCGGAGCAAUAAUCCUGCACAUGCUGCUCCGUGCGGGCUGGGGCGCUUACGUGCUGCACGUGGAUGUUUCGCAGGUUGAAAGGCCCCUGAAGCACUUCUGGAAAAGCACCGGCUUCUGUCCUCCUCUACCUCACAGCAGAGCGGAUUUAUUUGACCUCAGUAAAGACCAAGAACUGAACCUUGCCUAUGUGUCUUCGGUACCGCAUGGUGGCAUUGAACAAGUUCGAAUUCACUGGUUACUGGAACUCAUUACCGUUGGAGUGACAGAUGGAAAACUUCACUACAACUUUACCAGUCUGGAUAACUUGAUGGAUCUUCUCUGGAAAAACAAACUCAUUCCAGGAUUUGAAUUGAUGGGAAGCCCUUCAGGAUACUUUACAGAUUUUGAAGACAAAAAACAGGUUAUAAAAUGGAGGAGCCUAAUUGCACUUCUGGCCAAGAGAUACAUAGAUAGAUAUGGAUUGGAACAUGUUGCCAAAUGGAAUUUUGAAACUUGGAACGAGCCAGAUCACCAUGACUUCGAUAAUGUGUCAAUGAGUGUCAAAGGGUUUCUCAAUUAUUACGACGCAUGCUCAGAAGGGUUAAGAGAAGCUAGUUCUUUACUGAAAUUUGGAGGCCCGGGAGAUUCUUUCCAUCCAUUCCCAAAGUCGCCCAUCUGCUGGCGUCUUCUACAUCACUGCUACAAUGGAACCAACUUCUUCACUGGAGCGACUGGUGUGAGGUUGGACUACAUAGCCCUACAUAAGAAGGGAGCUGGAAGUUCUCUUCACAUCUUAGAGCAAGAAACAGAAGCAAUGGAGCAAAUUCAGAAGUUGUUCCCAAAUUUCACCUCGGUUCCUGUAUACAAUGAUGAAGCAGACCCACUGGUUGGAUGGUCAGUUCCACAAACGUGGAGAGCUGAUGUGACCUAUGCAGCCAUGGUGGUGAAGGUAAUCAUCCAACAUCAAAACCUGCUCAUUUCCAAAGCCAACAACACCAUCAACUACACUUUACUGAGUAACGACAAUGCCUUCAUGAACUACCAUCCCCAUUACUUCACCCAGAGAACGCUGACUGCCCGAUUCCAGAUGAACAACACAAAGCCACCUCAUGUCCAGAUGGUGAGGAAGCCUGUGCUGACCGUAAUGGGAUUGCUGGCACUGCUAGGGGAAAACCAAGUUUUUGCAGAUAUUAUCAGCAAAGACGAAAGUGCCAACACCGACACUGUUGGAGUACUAGCCACGGUGCACAGUCCUGCUGAGCUACAGCCGUCAGACAGCUGGCAGGCCACCGUACUGAUCUACGCUAGUGAUGACAACCGGACAUCCUCUAACAUCAGUGCUGUGACAGUGAACGUUACCCAUUUCCCCAGGCAUGCAGACCUUGUGUAUGUGACAUACUACCUGGACAACAACCUAACCAAUCCCUAUUUGGAGUGGAAGAAAGUAGGAAGCCCCGAUUUUCCUUCUGUAAAGCAAUUCCAACAAAUAAGGGAUGCCGAGGAAGUGACUGCCCUGCCUUGGUCAAGCAGUAACAUCUCCUCUCUCAUUCCUCUGAAGAUAAAUCCAAACCAGAAAGUGAACGUGACACUUGGGUGAAAUCCUGGCACCACUGAAGCCAGUGGCAAAACUCUCAUUGACUUUAAUACGGGCUGGGCUUCACCUUUGUGGUUUUUUAAUGCCCUAUUACAGAGUUUCUCAAGUUUCUGGAGCUGAUACUAAUUUUACAGAUUAAAGAAUAUCUGCAAACCCUCCCUCAAGACUUCUGAUCCCUAACCAUGACUAGGUGAAAGGCGUGUAACUACCCAUGCUCUAACUAGCAAAAUUCAUGAAAGAGAAACAUUGUACUCGGUACAGUGGAGAAACCUGUCUGGCUGUGGAAGACUGUGCAGACUGGAUUGGCUAAACAGGCUUAAGGAACCUUGAUUGACAGUUUACGGCAAUUCUACACUUAUCACCACCAUCUUAGGCACUUGACUGGCUGAACUACAAGGAGAAAAGUGGGAUGAGAUCUGACACCUUAGUCAUUCUCCUCCUUUAGAGCUAUCCAAAGCUGGCUGAGAGCCUGGCAUGAAUCUUGCUGCCAAGUGCUGCAGCAUCUUAAAAGGGGGACAAAGGGUUUGUCUGAAAUUCCCUGCAAAUGCUGAGUUAUCAGCUGCUCAGUUUCUUCAAUAGAGUCUGAAACAAGAGGAAACAACUCCACUUGAUUAUCAGCUUCCAGGUGUUUUCUACAUUAAGUGCCUCUGCCUUGUUGCGCCUGGACAGAACAUAGAUAUUCCCGGCUGGAGAGAAGAGUGAAGUUCGAUGACGUGCCCACGUACCUCAGUAAAUUAAACUAAGGAUGAACUGGUCAAGGCGUCAGCAAGGGGAGAAUGCUGAUCAUGCAGGAAAACCUGCACCUCUGUCCUUAAAAUCAAGAGGAGAACGGGAACUUUGCUGCAUGAAAGCCACCUCGCUAUUGCAAACUAGGGCAAUGCAAAAGCUCUACAUUCACUGAACAGCUUUCUGGGAAGGUCACUAGUGCAGAGCUUGAUGAAGGGCCGGCUCAGGUUUGCAGGCACACAGCGUAUGAAAGUGUGAGGCACUGGGUUGGAUGUUUAGGAUCCAUAUGAUGAGGUUGCUUUUAACUGUCAUCAGCUGGGCUCUGUCCCCACAGACUGCAAUACGCCACUCACACGGAAAGCAGAGCUCUGCGGCUGCUUCAUGGAAAGUCUCAAAUAAGCACCCUGUAUGUCCUGGGCCAGCUUUACCAAGGAGCCAGUGGGAGAGAGCUGACUGGCCGCAG